AUGCUUUGGAACUUCUCUUGCGCGCCUUAUUCUAGGGGUAUUGUCCGCCCUUGUCCCCAGAGAUUGCGCUCGCCACUUCCGGUCCCUCUUCGACCACGAUCUCCUCUGUCAUUUGCACGAUUCUAUGCCGCAGAGAGCGCGUCGCCAAAUCAGGAUGGGAAGAACUUGCGACGGAAUUCGCUCUCCGUCCCUGCCUUACCCAGGGUCAAUGACAUUGGUGUACAACAGUUAAGCGAUUAUGUUUAUGCCCAGAUCUUCCCGGGUAACAAUAGGAUACCGGACCCCGCACUGGUGGCGUUGUCAAGAGAGCACCUCUCACGACACGAUCUACUUGGAAAGUCCCAGGAUCCCACGGACCCAGUUGCCUUCGAUUUCCCGGCCCUUCAAGGGGAGACAAAGACAUUGGAUGAACAUUUUUUCAGGCUAGGAAUGGACUCAUCCGAUCCCUAUCUAGAAUACGCGAAGACCUACAUGACGGGGACAUCUCCCAACAUGCCUCGGGAAUGGGUCCGACGCAGCGGCUGGACGAGAUACAACAGCAUUGACGGUUCGUCGGAGCCCGUUGAGGCUCCAGAUGAAUCUAUGAUGACGUUCGACACCGAAGUCAUGUAUAAAGAGCAUUCGUUCGCAGUGAUGGCCUGCGCCGUGAGUCCUACGGCUUGGUAUGGGUGGAUUUCGCCAUGGUUGCUUGGUGAAUCAGACAACCCAGUUCACCUGAUACCAAUGGGGGAUCCAUCAAAACCUCGAAUCAUAGUCGGUCACAAUAUCGGUUUCGACCGAGCACGAAUAUUAGAGGAAUACGAUUUGAAACAGACCAAGAACUUCUUUAUCGAUACUAUGUCUCUUCACGUCGCUGUGAAUGGAAUGUGCUCUCAGCAGAGACCGACAUGGAUGCGCCACAAGAAGAACAAGGACCUGAGAGACAAGAUUGCCAGUGAGCAUAAUUCUGCUGAAUUGGCUGCGUUGGUUGAGAGCAAGGUUCUCAGUGAUGAAGAAGAGGAACUAUGGGUAGGAAGGAGCUCUGUUAACUCACUACGCGAUGUCGCCAAAUUCCAUUGCGAUGUCACUAUUGACAAAUCGCAGCGAGACUAUUUCGGCGAACUUGACCGUCCCGGCAUUCUGUCCAGAUUAGAAGAGCUCUUGGACUACUGUGCAGCUGAUGUUGCUAUCACCCAUCGUGUGUAUAAAAAGAUCUUCCCCAAUUAUCUUGAGGUGUGUCCACAUCCAGUCAGCUUCGCAGCUCUGAGGCACCUUUCUUCGGUAAUUCUACCUGUCAACCAGACGUGGGGUGAAUACCUCGAAAGCGCUGAAUCGGUUUACCAUCAACGACUUGUUGAUGUUCGGCGGAGACUCGUUGACCUUUGCGAGGAAGCCGCGAGCUUGAAGGACAAGCCGGACAUCUACAAGAAUGACCCUUGGCUACGCCAGCUGGACUGGUCUGGCCAAGAGAUCAAAAUGGUCAAAGGAAAGAAGAAGGGAGACCCGCCACGACCAGCGGCAAGGCAAAAGCUGCCCGGGAUGCCGCAAUGGUACAAAGACCUCUUCCCGAAGGCUACCGGUGAUAUCAAUUUGUCGGUGCGGACACGAAUCGCUCCUAUACUUCUCAAACUUUCGUGGGAGGGACAUCCUUUGAUAUGGUCAGAUAAGUAUGGUUGGACCUUCAAAGUGUCACAGGCAGAAGUCAAGAAGUUUGAAAAUCAACCUGUUGUUCCCUGUGACAUGACCGAGGAGAAGAUCCAGGAGCUGCGAGAGGACAGAGCUCAUACCUACUUCAAAAUUCCGCACAAAGACGGGCCGCAAGCACGGUGCAUCAACCCCCUGGCCAAGGGUUAUGCACAGUUUUUUGAGCGGGGAUCUCUGACUUCGGAAUAUGCUCUUGCCAAGGAAGCACUUGACAUGAACGCCUCCUGUUCGUAUUGGAUCAGUGCUCGAGACCGGAUCAUGAGUCAGAUGGUCGUCUACCAAGAUCAGAUUGGGAAACCACAAGCGGAUGAAAAUAAUCGACUCGGCUUCAUCCUUCCCCAACUCAUUCCCAUGGGCACUAUCACACGGCGUGCAGUGGAGAACACAUGGCUGACUGCCAGUAACGCCAAAGCCAAUCGUGUCGGGUCUGAGCUCAAAGCUAUGAUCAAAUCGCCGCCUGGUUACUCUUUCGUCGGCGCGGAUGUCGACUCUCAAGAGCUAUGGAUUGCCAGUCUUGUUGGUGAUGCUCAGUUCCAGUUGCACGGUGGCAAUGCCAUUGGCUUCAUGACUUUGGAGGGCUCUAAGGCUGCUGGAACUGAUAUGCACUCCCGAACUGCCAAGAUCCUUGGUAUUUCUCGGAACGAUGCGAAGGUCUUCAACUAUGGCCGUAUCUAUGGUGCUGGUGUUAAGUUUGCUGCCACUCUGCUUCGCCAGUUCAAUCCAUCCAUGCCCGAGAAGCAGACCAUGGAGGUUGCAACCAACCUAUACAAAGAAACAAAGGGCGCCAAGACGACUCGCCGCAUCCUGAGUGAGAAUCCGUUCUGGCGUGGAGGUACGGAAUCUUUCGUGUUCAACAAACUCGAAGAGUUCGCAGAGCAGGGACGGCCUAGGACUCCGGUGCUAGGCGCUGGGAUCACAGAGGCGUUGAUGCGACGGUUUAUUAACAAGGGUAGCUUCAUGACUUCUCGAAUUAACUGGGCAAUCCAGUCAUCUGGUGUCGAUUACCUUCAUCUUCUGAUUGUUGGAAUGGACUAUCUCAUCCGGCGUUACAAUAUUGCAGCUCGCUUGGCUAUUACCGUGCAUGAUGAAAUUCGGUAUCUCGUCAAAGAUGAAGACCGGUACCGCGCUGCUCUAGCUUUGCAGGUAGCCAAUGUCUGGACCCGAGCCAUGUUUUCGCAGCAGGUGGGUAUUGACGACCUGCCUCAAUCUUGCGCGUAUUUCUCUGCCGUCGAUAUCGAUCACGUUCUGCGCAAAGAAGUGGAUGUAGAUUGCGUGACCCCUUCGCAUCCGCACAAGAUUCCCCACGGCGAAAGCUUGGAUAUCCAACAACUUUUGGACAAGAACCAGGAAGCGUAUCUUGACCCGUCUAUCAUACCCCACUCGCCGCCUGAUCUCGAGAAGUACGAUUACACGCCCCGCGAGUCCGUCAUGUCGUCGCUCCAGGCUACAUACGACCCAGCGUUCAUCCGAGCUCAGAUCUGCAAGGACGAUAACGAGCUUCGCGAGAUCGUCAAGGAGGCGAUGAAGGCUAAAGCCCCACCCACCUCAACUGCGUCCUCUAGCUCCAGGACAUCAAGGACAAAUGUCAAAUCGCCAGCCGUCCCUCCAGCAGCGGGUCCUCAACAAGCUAUUCUGCUGGAUGUGAAUUCGGGUCUCUAUAAUGAUUUCCGAAACGUUCCGCCGCAUGGAAACAAACAUUCCCAUGUUGGUUUUCAGCGAAGUACCUGGAAAUCUAAGCCAACUGCUCGUGCCUGA